AUGGGGAAAAUCAUCUUCUACGAGGACAAAAACUUCCAGGGUCGCUCCUAUGAGACCAGCAGCGACUGCGCUGAGCUGACCUCCUACCUGAGCCGCUGCAACUCCUGCAGGGUGGAGAGCGGCUGCUUCAUGGUCUACGAGAGGCCCAACUUCAUGGGCCAUCAGAUGCUGGCACGGAGGGGAGAAUACCCCGACAACCAGCGUCUGAUGGGAAUGAGUGUGAGCGACUGCAUCCGCUCUUGCAGAAUGAUCCCAAUGCAUCGUGGCCCCUUCAGAAUGAGGAUCUAUGAGAAGGAGAACUUCGGAGGCCAGAUGCACGAGGUCAUGGAUGACUGUGACUCCUUCGUGGACCGCUACCACAUGUCCGAUAUCCAGUCCUGCCACGUGAUGGACGGCCACUGGCUGAUGUAUGAGCAGCCUCACUACAGAGGCAGGAUGGUGUACCUGAGGCCUGGAGAGUACAGGAGCUACAGAGACAUGGGAAUGAGCUCCAUGAUGAGAUUCAGCUCCAUGAGGCGCAUCAUGGAGACCUGUUAG